AUGGCUGGAAGGAACGAUGCUAUGAUUGCUGCUGCUUUGGAAGCGAUGGCUCAUGCUAUGGAGAAUCAGUCGAAUGCUAUCGGGGAUGCUGGAUCUCGUAGCUUGGCGACCUUCCAGAAGGAGAAUCCGCCUACUUUAAAGGGCAAGUAUGAUCCUGAUGAGGUGUUGGAUUGGUUGAAGGAAAUCGAGAGGAUCUUCCGUGUGAUGGACUUAACUCCAGCGCAUAAGGGAAAAAAAGAAAUUGAAUUCCUUGAGCUGAAGCAGGGUAAUAUGUCUGUUACUGAAUAUGUUGCAAGGUUUGUCGAGCUGACUAAGUUUUAUCCGCAUUUUGAUGGUGCUAAUGCUGAAUUUUCAAAAUGCAUCAAGUUUGAGAACGGUUGCACUCUGAGAUCAAGAAGGCAAUUGGGUAUUAGAAGAUCUGUGUUUUUCCUGAUUUGGUUGAUAGCUGCAGGAUUUAUGAGAAGGAUAGGGAUGCUCAUUACAAGAUUGUUAAGAAGAAAAGAGGGAAGCACCAAUAGAACCGUGAGUAAUGCGUGCAAUUAUGAAGUGAAGAAGUAUUUCCGUUGUGGCAAAGUCGGGCAUGCUAUGUCUGAUUGUAAGCAUCGCGUGAUGGUAUGUUUCAACUGUGGUGAAGAGGGACACAUUGGAAGUCAGUGUCAGAAGCCAAAGAAGGCGCAGACCGGUGAAAGAGUGUUCGUAUUGGGUCUUGUAUUGUCUUCUAUGAAUGGAGAAAUGGUUGUCGAGACUCCUGCUAAAGGAUCGGUGACUACUCCGCUUGUGUGUUUAAAGUGUCCUUUGUCGAUCUUCGACAGAGACUUUGAUUUUGAUUUAUUUUGUUUGUUGUUGGGUGGAUUGGAUGUAAUCUUAGAGGCUGGUUUAUUGACUAUCAAACAACUAAAGAAGUUGGUGAUAAGUGAAGCUCAGAUAUUCUCGUUGACGACAUCUCUAUCAGCUGAGAAUCAAGCUAUAAUUGAAGAGUUGCAAGUGGUGCGAGAAUUCCCUAAAGUUUUCCCUGAUGAAAUUCCAAAUGUACAGUCGGAAAGAGAAGUUGAAUUUGGCAUUGAUCUUAUCAAAGUGAAAGAUGAAGAUAUUCAGAAGAUGACUUUUAGAAUGCGUUAUGGACACUACGAGUAUUCUGUGAUGCCUUUCGGUGUUACCAAUGCGCCGAGAGUGUUCAUGGAGUAUAUGAACCAUAUCUUCCAUGCUUAUUUGGAUCGGGUUGUGGUGGUGUUCAUUGAUGAUAUUUUGAUUUACUCUAAGUUGGAAGAAGAGCUUGCAGAACAUUUGAAGACAGUAUUGCAGAUUUUGAAAGAAAGGAAAUUGUAUGCGAAGCUGUCCAAAUGUGAAUUCUGGUUGAAAGAGGUUAGCUUUCUUGGACAUGUCAUUUAG